UAUCAUUGUAUUUUACUAUUUCGUGAACAAUUUUUUCCCCACAAGCGAUCAGUAAACCAUGAGCAACGAAUACCAACAUGUAAGCAAGAGCAAGCUCAAGCUGAAAAAUGAGUCAGAUAUCAAAAUCUCGAAGAAGCGCAGCAAAAAACAGAAGAAAAAAGAUAUGGAAAAGCAGAUCCGAGCGGUCAUGCAAGAGCCACCUCGCACCAACAAUGAACCACCAACACCAGCUACUACAAGCAAAGGACGUGUGCUAACGAAAGCGGAAGAGUCCUUCAAGAAAAUGCAGGAGAAAAUGCAAAACAAGCGGAUCGUGGAAAAAGCACAGAUGACCCACAAACAACGAGUAGAACAGUUCAACCAACAUCUAGACAGCCUCACGGAACAUUUCGAUAUACCGAAAGUUUCAUGGACAAAAUAAGCAAAGCGACACGCCACCGUCUUGCAAAUAUGUAUCACAAAAAGCUGGUUUAUAUAGCGAUAGGAAUUCAAGGUUGAACACUUUGAUAGCUCUUGAUUCAGUUGAGGGGUUUCAAUGGAAUCAAACGUUUGUUUGACUGUUCUUAUUUUUGAAACAUUAAUUCAUUUCAAAACGGUUUAGCUAUGCAUUUGCGUAUCUUAUCGAACUAGUACCAUUUAUAAGUAAGUAUAAUGAUUAUUUGUGUUUUAAAGAUGCACCACAAU